UGCCUUUUAAUGUAAUUUUGACAAGGAAAGAAAGACAUUGACAAAAGGCACCGCCCAGGUGGUGUCAUUUAUGUUCAAUCCCUCCAAAACGUCUUGGUUUCCAAGUGUCGCUCUCAACCCUCAAACUUCAAUCCUCUCCUUUCUUCUGAAGUAUUCACCUUUCUUCUGAAGUCUUCACCCCCAAACAGGUUUUCCUUAAAAGCCAAAAGCUUUGCUACCAUUUGGAUCAAGUAUCCCAUUUUCGGGUCCGUGAUAGCCUGAAGUCUUCGAGAAAUGGCGGACUGGGCACCGGUGUUGAUCGGGGUGGUGCUAUUCGUGCUGCUGUCGCCCGGACUUCUGUUGGAGUUCCCGGGCAAAAGCCGGUACCUGGAGUUCGGUGGCAUGAAUACCAACGGCAAGGCCAUCGCCGUUCACACACUAUUUUUCUUUGUCAUUUAUGCUGUGUUAAUCCUCGUCGCCCACAUGCACAUCUACACCGGCUGAGACUGUUCGAGGUCUGUGCAGUGUAAGCGAUUGAGCUUCUAAUAAGUUGAUGUUGUAUUGCUUGCUUAAUUAGGAUUUGAAUGUUAAAGCAAACAUCUUUUCUUCUUCAUUUGUGUGAAUGAAAUCGUUAGUUUUGC